CAUCGCACUCGCCGAGCAUCAGCAUCACACGACCUCCUGAGCUUUCUUUCCUCUGGCCAUUCAUCACUGGCUCGUUUCCCUGUACAAGCAGAGCACACAGGAACGCACGAGUUAGUGUGUAACCUUGCGGCAUGGCUGGAGUGGAAGCAAUGGCGUCGCCGAUAGCCAUGGACGUGGACAAGCUCAGCUACGAGAUCUUCUCCUUGCUGGAGAGCAAGUUCUUGUUCGGCCCGGGGACGCCCGCGAGCCCGUUCCUCCGCGACGGGCGCGUGCGAGUGCUGUCCGUCGACGGCUGCGGGGCGGGCGCCGGGGACGCGCUGCUGGCCGCGGCGGCCCUCGCGAGGCUCGAGGCCGGGCUCCGCCAGCGCGCAGGCGACCCCGACGCGCGCGUCGCGGACUUCUUCGACCUCGCGGCCGGCGCCGGGGCCGGAGGUGUGCUCGCGGCCAUGCUCUUCCUGAAGGGCCCCGACGGGCGGCCCAGGUACUCGGCCCAGGAGGCGCUCGCCUUCGUGGCCGGGAGCGUCGGCAAGGAGGACUGGGGCGGCCGGCGCCGUGGCGGGCUCGCCAAGCUGUUCCGGGGCGGCACGAGGAAGGCAGACAAGUCCUUCCGUCGGGUGUUCGGCGACGCCACGCUCAGGGACACCGUGGCGCCCGUGCUUGUGCCGUGCUACGACCUGGCCACGGGCGCGCCGUUCGUGUUCUCGCGCGCCGACGCCGUCGAGAGCGACAGCUUCGACUUCCGCCUCGUGGACGUCUGCGCGGCCACCUGCGCCGCGGGCGGCCGUUCGCCCGCGGCCGUGAGGUCCCUGGACGGGCGCACGGCCAUCGCGGCCGCGUCCGGUGGUGUGGCGGCCAUGAGCAACCCGGCGUCCGCGGCCAUCACGCACGUCCUCCACAACAAGCAGGAGUUCCCCCUCGCCCUCGGCAUGGACGACAUCCUCUUACUCUCCAUCGGCACCGGCGCGUCGUCAUCCGGCACCAACAACGGCUGGAACACGCCGAUGCCCACGCGCUCCCCGUCGCGGGACGAGCUGGCGCGGGUGACCGCGCAGAGCGUGGCGGACAUGGUGGACGAGGCCGUGGCCAUGGCGUACUUCGGCCAGGGGAGCGGCAGCAGCAACUACGUGCGCGUCCAGGCCACCAGCAGCAGCGGCGCGGAGGCCGGGGCGAUGCUGGCGCAGCGGAACGUGGAGUCGGUGCUGUUCCGCGGGCGGAGGCUCUCGGAGCGGACCAACGGCGAGAAGGUGGACGCCAUGGCGGAGGAGCUGGUGAAGGAGCAGGAGCGCCGGAUGCGCAGCCCGCUCCCGAACGUGCUCAUCAAGCAGCUGGUGGCCUCGCCAAGGCUCUCGUCCGCGACCACCGCCUCGUCGGACGUCACCGCCACGGUCAGGACGGCGUCCACGAUGCCGUCGCCGGCGUCGUGGGACUCCCGCUGCCAGUAAAAAGCAAAUAAGUGUACGGAGUAGUUAAUUAAGAAGCUGUGGUAGGGGCCUUUCAGUUGACGUGACGAGGAACUCGUGUACGUGCAGCUAUGCAUGAGGAUGAGGUGCUGACAGAGAUCGAUUGAGCGAUGUGUGUUGUUUUGUUCUUUCCACUCGUGAGAGGCUGACGUGGGGGGUGCAUGCUUGGAAUUGUAAUUUGGUUAUGCAAAUUCGCUGGAGUGAACUCUCCCAUGACUCAACUGUCGAUCUGGAUUUUUGAGAUGAAGGAAUUGAAUGCCUGAGAUCAUCAUGAUGGGAAAGUGGGUGA